AUGAUCACGUUGAGAGUUCGAGAGUUCGACGGAAGUCUCCGAGCUGUGGCAAAAUAUGGUGUAAACGGGUAUCCAUUUACUGUUAAGAGGUUCUACGAGUUGGAGGCGGCUGCUAAGAAGGAACGGAGUCUUCGAAGAAGAGAAUUAAACUACAUUCUUGAUCCGCCAGCUUACUACCACCAUCUAAUCUACGCUAAAUUGAAGCAGGUUGCCGUGUCGGAUCUCGAAGGAAAGAUUGUGGCUUUUUACUUCUGGAUUAAUAUUCCUGAUAAAUACGGCGGUCCCAAUAAGUUGACUCUGGUGCUGGCUGAAAUCUAUAGGAAGCUUAAGGAAGCCGGGGAGAGCUUCGAAGUUGUGCUGGUGCCAUUAGAUGAUAAUAAAUCAUCCUAUGAACAAGGCCUGGCAAGCAUGCCAUGGCUCGCGAUUCCUUUCGAAGACGAGGGCUGUGAGAAGCUUGUCCGCUUCUUUGAGCUCUGGCCCUUCCAAUUAUCAACCGUGCUUGUGAUCGGUGCCGAUGGGAAGAUUAUGCUUAAAAAUUACGAUAGGCUCAUCUCCAAGUAUGGAGUUUUAGCAUGGGAAGCAUUCCCGUUCUCUAAGGAGCAACUGGAUUUAUUGCCAGAGAAGGCAAAGGCCGCACAAACACUGGAAUCUCUUCUUGUUGCUGGGGACCUCGAUUAUGUCAUUGGGAAAGAAGGCUUGAAGGUUCCAGUGAAGGAGCUUGUUGGCAAGACCAUCCUCUUCUUCUUUACAAUGAGUGAUUCGUUUUAUUGCCAGAAAUUUCUUCCCAAGCUGAUCGAGGCAUAUCACAAGAUCAAGCGCAUGGACAGUGCUUUCGAGGUGAUCUUCGUCCCUAUGGUUUAUAUGGAUUCGGGUGCUUUCGAGUUCUUCUUACGCAUGCCUUGGUUGGCGGUGCCAGUGGAUGAUGAGAGAAUAAGAUCUUUGGAGAACACUUUAGAAGUUCAUUACGUCAACACCCUGGUUGUCAUUGGUCCUACAGGUCAAACGAUCACAGAGAACGCCGGAACUUCGUUGAAGAUGUAUAGAGCCGAUGCCUACCCGUUCAGUGAAGAGAGGAUCAAGGAGGUAGAGAUGGCACAGAGACUGGAAUCUCUUCUUGUUGCUGGGGACCUCAAUUAUGUUAUUGGCAAAGAAGGGUUGAAGGUUCCGGUGAAGGAGCUUGUUGGCAAGACCAUCCUCCUCUUCUUCUCGAUUCGUAGGUCCGGUACAUGUCGCGGAUUUCUUCCCCAUCUGAUCGAGGAAUAUCACAAGAUCAAGCGCAUGGACAGUGCUUUCGAGGUGGUCAACAUCUCAAUGGAUAAGGAUCGGGAUUCCUUUGAGGAGUUCUUCUCCGGCAUGCCUUGGUUGGCGCUGCUGUUCGGUGAUGAGAGGAAGGAAUCUUUGUAG